UUCAUCAGAAACAUGAAAGCUAGAAACCGAACAAUCAUUUCUGAAUUCCUUCUCUUGGGACUGACAGAUGACCCACAACAUCAUCCCCUCAUUUUCAACCUGUUUCUGACCAUGUACUUGGUCACCAUCCUAGGAAACCUGCUCAUCAUCCUGGCCGUCAGCUCUGACUCCCACCUCCACUCCCCCAUGUACUUCUUCCUCUCCAAUCUGUCCUUUAAUGACAUCUGUUUAAGCACCACCACGAUCCCAAAGAUGCUGGUAAACAUCCAAGCACAGGAUCAGAGCAUCACCUACACAGGUUGCCUUGCUCAGGCCUGCUUUGUUUUAUUUUACGUUGGUUUAGAACAUUUUCUCCUUGCAGUGAUGGCGUAUGACCGCUAUGUGGCCAUUUGUCACCCACUGAAGUACACAGUCAUCAUGCUCCCCCGCCUCUGUGUCCUGCUGGUUUUGUGCUCUGUGUUCAUUAGUGUUGUGGACGCCCUGGUCCUCACUCUGAUGUUGUUACGGCUGUCCUUCUGCACAGACCUGGAAAUCCCGCACUUCUUCUGUGAACUUGCUCAGCUCAUCAAGCUCGCCUGUUCUGAUGCCUUCAUCAUUAAUAUCUUGGUAUAUUUCAUGGCUAGCCUAUUUGGUGGUGUUCCUGUCUUUGGGAUCAUUUUCUCCUACAUUCAAAUUGCUUCCUCCAUUUUGAGGAUGCCAUCAUCGGAAGGAAGGUAUAAAGCCUUUUCCACCUGUGGGUCUCACCUGUCUGUUGUGUCCUUGUUCUAUGGAACAGCAUUUGGGGUGCACAUCAGUGCUGCAUUUAUGGAUUCAAUGAGCAAGGCUGCAGUGGCUUCAGUGAUGUAUUCUGUGGUUCCUCAGAUGCUGAAUCCCUUUAUCUACAGCCUGAGGAACAGGGACAUAAAAGAAACCUUGAAGAAAUUCCUUGUUAGGAAAACUUCUCUUCUAUGA